ACAGCCCAUUCCCUAUCCUAGCCCGCAAUCGCUAACAUGUGAACAGCCAUUCGUGUAUGACUGCCUGUCCAUUCCUUCCGCCCGACCGUACAUUUUAGACACUGCCAAGCUGACACGGAUUUCUGGUUGUAGAUUUUCAGAACUGCUCACGAGCUUUCGCUGCACACUGUUGCAGUCUUCAGGUACCCCUCACUUGAAACCGCGAUCCUAGCGACACAAGAAUUCAUAAACUAACUUGGAUAGUUAUGAGGAUCGGUUGAGCAUGCACCGACAGAAGGCCGAUGAAGCCUAUGUCAUUGGCAAGCGUGGACAGUAUACCCCUGUUGGCGCAUACCUGGCUGGUGAUGAGAUUAUCAAAAUCGCUGUCGAGCACGGCGUGCAGAUGAUUCACCCUGGUUACGGUUUCCUCUCCGAGAACGCCGAGUUUGCCCGCAGCGUCGAGAAGGCUGGCCUCAUCUUUGUCGGCCCCUCCCCCGAUGUGAUUGAUUCCCUUGGUGACAAGGUUUCUGCCCGAAAGCUUGCCAAUGCUGCCAAUGUACCUGUCGUCCCUGGUACCCAGGGUGCUGUUGAAAGGUACGAGGAGGUCAAGGAUUUCACCGACAAGUAUGGUUUCCCUAUCAUCAUCAAGGCUGCCUUCGGUGGUGGCGGUCGUGGUAUGCGAGUAGUCCGCGAGCAAGAGAGUCUCAAGGAGUCCUUUGAGCGUGCCACCUCUGAGGCUAAGACUGCUUUCGGUAACGGAACUGUCUUCGUUGAGCGUUUCCUUGACAAGCCCAAGCACAUUGAGGUCCAGCUUCUUGGUGAUAACCAUGGCAACAUUGUCCACCUGUACGAGCGUGACUGCUCCGUUCAGCGACGACACCAGAAGGUUGUUGAGAUCGCCCCUGCGAAGGAUCUCCCCGCUGAGGUCCGCGACAACAUUCUCGCUGAUGCUGUGAGACUGGCCAAGACCGCCGGUUACCGCAAUGCCGGUACUGCUGAGUUCCUGGUUGACCAGCAGAACCGCUACUACUUUAUCGAGAUCAACCCUCGUAUUCAAGUUGAGCACACAAUCACUGAAGAGAUUACUGGUAUCGAUAUCGUUGCCGCCCAGAUUCAGAUCGCUGCUGGCGCCACAUUGAACCAGCUUGGCCUCACCCAGGAUCGCAUCUCGACCCGUGGUUUUGCUAUCCAGUGCCGAAUCACAACUGAGGACCCUGCUAAGGGUUUUUCACCUGACACUGGGAAGAUCGAGGUUUACCGAUCAUCUGGCGGUAACGGUGUCCGUCUGGAUACUGGCAACGGUUUCGCCGGUGCUGUUAUCACUCCCCACUAUGACUCUAUGCUUACAAAGUGUACUUGUCACGGUUCUACCUACGAAAUCGCUCGUAGAAAGGUUCUCCGAGCCUUGAUUGAGUUCCGUAUUCGAGGAGUCCGAACCAACAUUCCUUUCCUUGCCUCCCUCCUUACUCACCCUACCUUUAUUGAUGGAAACUGCUGGACCACUUUCAUCGACGAUACCCCUCAACUCUUUGAUCUCAUUGGCAGCCAGAACCGCGCCCAGAAGCUGCUUGCCUACCUCGGUGACGUUGCCGUCAACGGUAGCAGCAUUAAGGGUCAAAUCGGCGAGCCCAAGUUCAAGGGUGAAAUCCAGGUUCCUGAGCUUAUCAACUCCGCCGGAGAGAAGAUUGAUACUUCCACACCCUGCACCAAGGGAUGGCGAAACAUCAUUCUCGAGCAGGGACCCAAGGCUUUCGCGAAGGCUGUCCGCGAGUACAAGGGUACUCUGCUCAUGGACACGACUUGGAGAGACGCCCAUCAAUCACUUCUGGCUACUCGUGUUCGUACCGUCGACUUGCUCGGUAUUGCCAAGGAAACUAGCCAUGCGCUCUCCAACUUGUACUCCCUUGAGUGCUGGGGUGGUGCCACCUUUGAUGUUGCUAUGCGAUUCCUCUACGAGGACCCCUGGGACCGGCUCCGAAAGAUGCGAAAGCUGGUUCCCAACAUUCCUUUCCAGAUGCUUCUCCGUGGUGCUAACGGUGUUGCUUACUCCUCUCUGCCUGAUAACGCUAUCGAUCACUUCGUCGACCAGGCCAAGAAGAACGGUGUCGAUAUCUUCCGUGUCUUUGAUGCCCUAAACGAUAUCAACCAACUCGAGGUUGGAAUCAAAGCUGUUCAAAAGGCUGGCGGAGUUGCCGAGGGAACGAUUUCCUACUCGGGUGAUAUGCUUCGCCCUGGCAAAAAAUACAAUCUUGAGUACUACCUCGACCUUGCCGAUAAGUUGGUCGCCCUUGACAUCGAUAUCUUGGGUAUCAAGGAUAUGGCUGGUGUGCUCAAGCCUCAUGCGGCUACACUUCUGAUCGGAUCAAUCCGAAAGAAGUACCCUGACCUUCCCAUCCACGUGCAUACACACGACUCUGCCGGUACUGGCGUGGCUUCAAUGGUCGCCUGCGCCAAGGCGGGCGCCGAUGCUGUCGAUGCUGCCACCGACAGCCUGUCUGGCAUGACUUCGCAGCCCAGCAUCAACGCCAUCAUUGCUUCCCUUGAGGGCAGCGAGUGUGACCCUGGUCUGGACCCCAAGCUCGUUCGAUCACUCGACGUCUACUGGCAGCAACUUCGUUUGCUUUACUCUCCCUUCGAGGCCCAUCUUGCUGGCCCCGACCCCGAGGUUUACGAGCACGAGAUCCCCGGUGGUCAGUUGACCAACAUGAUGUUCCAGGCUUCUCAGCUAGGUCUUGGAUCACAGUGGCUUGAGACUAAGAAGGCCUACGAGCAUGCCAACGAGCUUCUCGGUGACAUUGUCAAGGUCACUCCUACAUCCAAGGUUGUCGGUGAUCUUGCCCAGUUCAUGGUCUCCAACGGCCUGUCCCCCGAGGAUGUGAAGGCUAAGGCCUCUCAACUCGAUUUCCCCGGCUCCGUGUUGGAGUUCCUUGAGGGCCUGAUGGGACAGCCUUAUGGCGGAUUCCCGGAGCCUUUACGAACUGAUGCCCUUCGCGGCCGUCGCAAGCUCGAUAAGCGACCUGGUCUUUUCCUCGACCCCGUCGACUUCGUCAAGACAAAGCGUGAGCUCGGCAAGAAGUAUGGCGCUCCAGUCACCGAAUGCGAUGUGGCGUCCUAUGUCAUGUACCCCAAGGUCUUUGAGGAUUACAAGAAGUUCGUUCAGCAGUACGGUGACCUUUCCGUCCUACCUACUCGAUACUUCCUGUCUCGCCCUGAGAUCGGCGAAGAGUUCAACGUUGAGCUCGAGAAGGGCAAGGUGCUGAUUCUGAAGCUCCUUGCUGUCGGUCCCCUGUCCGAGAACACCGGUCAGCGCGAGGUCUUCUUCGAGAUGAACGGAGAGGUUCGACAAGUCACCGUUGUUGACAAGAAGGCUGCUGUUGAGAACAUUAGCCGACCUAAGGCCGAUGCUAAUGACUCGAGCCAGGUCGGCGCGCCUAUGUCUGGUGUCCUGGUUGAGCUCCGUGUCCACGAGGGCUCUGAGGUCAAGAAGGGUGACCCUAUUGCCAUUCUUUCUGCCAUGAAGAUGGAAAUGAGCAUAUCCGCGCCUCAUAGCGGAAAGGUUUCAAACCUUCAAGUCCGUGAGGGUGAUUCUGUUGAUGGUUCUGAUCUCGUGUGUCGAAUCGAGAAGGCCUGAGAUGGUUGCGCAAGGAAAUAAAAGAUUGGGUUUAAUGACACUUAUGGAUAUCAGGCAGGAAGAACCCUCAAACUAUGGGAUUGGCGUGUUGAGAUGACCUAUGAAUAGUUCUCUUUGAAGAAACUUUGAAUACAAUUAUGAAUUAACUCAA